GGAAAAGUGUUAACAUUAUUGUUCCUAUAAUACAAAUUGUUCAUUUUUAAGUCAUACUUACUAAUUUCUAUUAUGCAAAAUCUAACUAUUAUGAAAUAAAAGCUAUAUUAUAAUAAAAACAUUGUAUCAUUUUGCAACCCUUCUUGCAACCCUGCGUGAUAAGAGAAAAAAAUCAAUACCUGUAAUCUGUACUAUAAGCAGUACUGGCACCAGCCUAUGCUCUGUACUGCUAGAGACUCUGCACUUAAAACUAAUCCCGAUAUAGUCAUAACAAUAAGUUUAACAAAAUAGAAUAAUUAUUCAAUUUUAAACUUAUAACUAUACUUGGUUUUAAAGUAAUUUAAAAUUUGUUUCUUUCAUUAUGACUUCUUCUGGUUUCGGUCUUUCUAUAAUUAGUAUACCAUCAGUUUUUAAUGACACUAUCACUAAUAGUACGUCAUUUACUGAACAUACAGUUUGGUGUAUUGAUUGGCGACCGUCACAACAUUGGAUGUUUCAGAUAGCUAAUGUUCUGUUUUUUGUAGCAUAUUCUGUGCCAACUAGUUAUUAUGGCAUAUUAUUUAUGCACUCAACUUUAAUUGCAGGUUUUCUUAUACUCAUUACUUGGGCUUGGAGAAUAGUGUGUGCACCUGAUUUAUUCACUUGGAAUUUAUGUUUUCUUUUUAUUAAUAUUCUACAACUAAUUUAUCUUAUUUAUCAAAGAAGACCGAUUAAUUUUAAUCCAGAACUUGAACAAAUUUAUCGCAACAUGUUUAAGCCUUUUAAGAUAACUAGAAUUCAAUUCAAGAAAUUGGUGAGUGAACAAUUUGCUCAGAUUGUUACUUUACACAUAGGUGAGGCUUAUGCUAUGCAAAACAUUACAAAAACUGAUAGACUUGGACUGCUUAUGUCCGGAAAAGCAAAUGUUCUCCAAGAUCAUCAACUUUUGCAUCCCAUAGGACCAUGUGAGUUUUUGGAUUCUCCUGAAUUUGAAAGCAGAGGGUCUUCCGAAGACAAAUUUAAGGUUUCAGUAAUUGCUGCAACAACUUGUCGAUAUAUAUUUUGGCAAAGAUCAGCAUUAGAAUAUUUGUUUGUGAAAGAAACAUACUUAGGCACUGUAUUAGCUACUUUAGUUGCAAAAGAUAUAACCAUUAAACUUUACUCUAUGAACAAUAAAAUUAUGACAGAUAAAGGAUCACAUUUAGAUAUCAGGUUACCAAGUAUUACUCCAGCCUUAGCAUCAAAAGAAUGUAAGCCACCAAUUGUGAAAACAUUAAAAAAACUAGCGGUGAUUUCAUCACAUUGUCCUAUAACAUCUAUACCAGCUGUGAAAAUCACCAAGUGCGAUACAUUGAUUAUGGAUAAAUGCCAAACGACCAACGGAAAAUUCAAUCGCAUGAACUUGGCCAAUGAAAUGGGUAACACGGGAGUGGAAAAUUGGCUAGAAAAAACUUCAAAAUAUCAUAGUUUGGAAAUGGCAGAUGACGAAUAAAUGAUAAUUCAAUCAUUAGCUAUUUUUUAUAUAAUUUAUUUUUUGUUAUCAUAAACAAAUGUUUACUUUAAAAAUAUACUUUUAUUAUUUUCAA